GUUCCUUGGAAUGAGUCUGGUUUAGGAUUAAAAUAAGUGGAGUUUUAUGCACUUUACAACCACACGAUUACGGGUGUAGUAUUCAGGCGUUUAAUAGUAAGCGUCAAUAUGCUGUUGUGAGAGAAACAUGGUGUGUGAUAUCCGAGCUUCGCUGCCUGCAAGGUCGAUAGACCGAGAAACAAGAGGCGCCAUUAAAGCUCAGGGUCUGGGACUUAGCAGACAAAUAAAAGUUUGCUGAAUAAAUAGUUAAAUUAUUGCAUAAAAUGAGCCACCAUUGCCUUGUUUUUCCCCUUCAGCGUUAGCAAUAGCAUCGCAGCCUCCCUGACAGCACAGUCCUGCGCGUACGUACUAGGCUCUACUCGUGUAUUCCUGCGCAAAGGAGUUGUGCUUUUUGGAGGGAGGAGGGGUGAGGAGCGUAAACUGAAACCCAAAAUAUUCACGAACACCUUAAACUGCAUGUUUGAGAAACAUCGUUUCUUGUCAACCCCAAAUGCCGCCCGGGUGCUGGGGAUGUUUGUCCGCAUCGACGCGUGGCACGUUGUGCCUGAGAGGGGACUAUUUUGCGAGAGCGCGGAAGCCUCGCGCGACGUGCCGGAUCUACUUUCUGUGUGUGUUGGGUGAAUGGAGGCGCAGCUCUUCCUGGUGAACAAACACUAACAGCUAUAGGGCAGCCUAGCGCUACCCGCUUCCCAGAACGGCCACACACACCUUCUCCUUCACCCCCAAAACAACCCUAAACAUGGCUGCUGAGCGUAAACACAUCGCGCAGUUGAAAUCCGAACUGUACUUCCUAAUAGCCCGAUUUUUAGAAGCUGGACCUUGUCAGGACGCGGCAGAGACCUUGAUACGGGAGGUUCAGGAGAAGGAGCUGUUACCCAAAAGGAUUGACUGGACUGGCAAAGAACACCCAGGGAGUUACGAAAAUUUGGUCAGAUUAUACAGGCACAUUUCCCCUACAGCUGUUUACCAACAUAUGAAGAUGCACAAGAGAAUUCUGGGACACCUGUCAUCUGUGUACUGUGUCACCUUCGACCGCACCGGUCGCCGCAUCUUCACAUUUUCUCCUCUGUGCAGUGGCAAUAGGAGGUUCCUGUCCUCCACUGGAGCUGACGGCACCAUCUGUUUCUGGCAGUGGGACGCAUGCACGCUCAAAUUCGGGUUUGUGAGUGGCAGUAGAGAUGGCACAGCGCGGGUAUGGCAGCUGCAGCAGCAGGACUGGCGAAGCAUUCUCCUGGACAUGGCCACUAAACUACUUGGCAAGUACAACCCUCCACCUUUAGAGGACAAAGUUACCAAACUGAAGGUGACUAUGGUGGCCUGGGAUUGCAAUGACAACACAGUCAUUACCGCUGCGAACAACUUGACAUUGAAAGUGUGGAACUCUUACACAGGGAACCUUAUUCAUGUAUUGAUGGGCCACGAGGAUGAGGUGUUUGUGUUGGAGCCACAUCCAUUUGAUUCUAGAGUGCUUUUCUCUGCUGGACACGAUGGAAACGCAAUCGUCUGGGAUCUGGCAAGAGGAGUCAAAAUACGCUCUUACUUUAACAUGAUCGAGGGUCAGGGCCACGGUGCGGUCUUUGACUGUAAGUGCUCUCCAGAUGGGCAGCAUUUCGCUUGCACAGACUCUCACGGUCACCUGCUCAUCUUUGGCUUCGGCUCUAGCAGCAGAUACGACAAGUGUGUAGGAUCCGUCAGUUCUCCCACAGAAGUCUCCUCUCCACCUAACGUGGGUCUGAGACGCAGUGGACAGAUCGAAGGUGUUCGCCAGAUGCACAGUAAUGCUCCACGCAGUGAGAUCGCCACCGAGAGAGACCUGGUGGCCUGGAGUCGACGGGUCCUUGUUCCUGAACUAUCACCAGCUGUAGCAUGUAAGCAGGAGAUCUGGCGUACAGCUAAAGGAGAGGAGGAAAUCAGCAUCUACAGAUCAGAAAGGAGGAGACGCAGCAUACACAGCCAGUACCACAGAGAAAACCGGCAUGCUAUAGAAAAUUCUGUAGAGGAGGGGCGUCGUUACCAGGGUAACCAGCAUAACUACCAUACACGAUUGGCCGUGGAGGAAACGAGUCGUCAGAGUGAACCCAACGAGGAAGAACACAGUGCCUCUGAGGGUGAAACCGAAGCAAGACCUCCGAGCAGAGAAUCUUCAGAUGAAGAGAGAGAGAAAAAAGAACCCUGGCCUGAUGAUAACAGCAGUUCCAGCGAUUACUCCAGCGAUUACUCAGACUGGACAGCAGAUGCUGGAAUAAACCUCGAACCGCCCAAGAAGACCAGCGUGAAGAAAAAGAAGAAAAAUGCCAGCAGCUCCGAAGAAGAUGGAGAGAAGAAAAAAGACUCCAAAAAGGAGAGGAGGAAAGAAAAGCAGGACAAAGAUGGAGCACUACCAAAGAAGAAGAAACCAAAAGAGAAACGGAAGAAUAACUCCUGGGACAUAAAGAUUUGUGAUCGUUUCCGGGCAGUGAUAGACGAUGCCUGGUGGUUUGGUAUGAUUGAGAGUCAGGAGCCUUACCAGGCCGAAUAUCCAGACUCUCUGUUCCAGUGCUACAAUGUCUGCUGGGAUAAUGGAGAUACAGAAAAGAUGAGCCCAUGGGACAUGGAGGAGAUUCCCAAUGAAGCAGCAUUUCCUGACGAGUUAGGUCUGAGUGUGCCUCUAACUGAGGAGGAGCAGAAGGCAUUAUUGUGCAAGCCCCUAGAAGGAGAGUGGGGCUCAUGCACACGUGACGAAGAGUGUGAACGCAUCAUCAGAGGCAUCGACCAGCUUUGCACUUUGGAUGUGGCUGUACCAUUUGAACUGCCAGUGGACUUGCAGGCAUAUCCAACGUAUUGCACCGUAGUUGCUUACGUCACAGAUCUGAGCACCAUCCGACAAAGACUACAGAACCGUUUCUAUAGGAGAAUGUCGUCAUUGAUGUGGGAGGUACGCUACAUUGAACACAACGCUCAAACCUUCAAUGAACCAGGCGCAUUCAUUGUUAAAACUGCCAAAUUCGUAUCUGACCUCAUGCUACAAUUUAUCAAGGACCAAAGCUGUACAGAUAUUAUUCCACUGUAUAACAGUAUGAAGAAAAACACUUUCUCAGAUUCAAGCGAUGAUGAAGAUGAGGAUGAAGAGCAUGAGGCACCUUGUACAUCUAGCCGCAAUAAGAAGAGGCGGCAGCGGCAGCCUAUCCUGAGGAGUCUGCGCAGUAAACCAUCAUCAGACCCUCAGAGCUGGAAGGGGCGCUGCAGAGAGCUGCUGGAGCUCAUCUUUCAGUGUGAAGAUUCAGAGCCUUUUAGACAACCUGUGGAUCUGGAGGAGUAUCCGGACUACUUGGACAUUGUGGACACUCCUAUGGACUUUGGGACUGUCUUGAACCGCCUGUUAGAAGGAGAGUAUGACACUCCCAUGGAUCUUUGUAAAGAUGUACGUCUCAUCUUCAGCAACUCCAAAGCCUAUACACCCAGCAAAAAGUCCAGGAUCUAUAGCAUGAGUCUGCGAUUGUCCGCUCUGUUUGAAGAGCAUAUCAGUUCGAUCCUGACCGAUUUUAAAGCUGCUCAAAGUCUGCACAGUGAGCGAUUCACCCGUCAGCGGCUGCACACAGAGCGUUUGACCAGACAGUCUGUGAAGAGGAGGAAGAGCUCUUCACCUUCAAGCUCCGCCUCUAGUCCAGAAAGGAAGCGGCGGGUUUCGUCUCGUGCUCCUCCUCGAUCGAACAAUGCAGCUCCGCCCACUCCUGCUGGACCUUCCCGGGCUCCUUCUUUACGGCAAACACAUCCACAAAUCAACAGCAGGGCUGAGCCUCCUGUUGUCCCUGGUCGGACACGUAGCUCGGCCCGCUUUGGAACACAACUCACAGACGCACCUUCUACACAGUCAGCUCCUCCCCCUCCACCCACCCACAGUAAGACAGCAGAGCCCUCCUCUAGAGUCCUGCGCACCCAGAACUCUCACUCCAUUGGUGUCUCCAGGGAAACCGAGAGCUCUGCAGUUCCCCACACAAAUGAGGGCGGGGCCAGAGAGUCUCGUAGGAAACUUCGGACACCUGUAAAACUCACACCAGGUCUAGUCGAGCAUGACUCUUCUCCUCAAAACAGUUUGCAUUUGAAUGGUCAUAGUCAAGUGACUCUGGGAGUGGUACGAAGAGGUCGGGGCCGACCGAGAUUAGAAACACAAAUACGAACGCCAGUAGUGGUACCGUCACCCCCACUAUCCCAGGCCUCUGGAAAAAAGAGAGGGAGGAAAAGCAAGAAAGAGCUGGAGUCCCUACGAAGAAGCUCCUCCCACGAGGAGGAGCUUCAUCUGUCUACUGGUGAUGAGGGCGGGGCUUCUUCUACAGCCCAGGACAGUAGUCUUUCCGAUUCAGGGGUAGUGACUCCAGAGUGUUCGAAACCACGAGGUAGACCACGAGUCAUCAGGACGCCGGAUACCCCAGCUCCUUCAAGCCCCAAAGCUCUCAGAAGGAGCAGUCGGCGUGGCAACGAAGAAACCACGCCCCCUACACCAGGCCCCGCCCUGGGGGAGGAGCCUGACAUUUAUAUGGGAGAGGAUGGGAGCUCGAAAGGGCAGAUGAGAACGCGUAACCAGGGCCGAAGGACAGCUUUCUAUAACGAAGAAGACUCUGAAGAAGAUCAAAGACAGCUUUUGUUUGAGGAUGCCUCGAUUACUUUCGGCACGUCAAGCAAAGGGAGAGUCCGCAAGCUCACCGAGAAGGCCAAAGCCAACCUUAUUGGCUGGUAACAAUGCCAACUUUGCAUGUCCUAUGCGACACAACCCCUUAUCCUCGCCCCACUGGAGAGGGGAAACCAUUCCUGCUGCUAUCAGACUCAUGAUUAUCUGAAUCUUUCAUUCGGACUCUCUAAAUAGAUUCUCACGGUUUGAAUCUUUGACUCUUUUGGUGACUUCAAGAGUCACAGCCCCUCGAAAUCCCCUGAUAAAAUCACCCCUUGAAAUCACCUGAUACAUUUUCUUCCACAGAAAAAUCACAAAUGCAGUUAAAUACUGAUUUUCAUAUGCACUAUUUGAAUGCCAGUGAAGAAAGGGACUUAUACAGUCUUAUGAAUCCAAAUACCUGAUUUCAUCUUUAAAGAAAGCACUUAUUUGAGGAUGUUCAAGUGUGUGUGAGUGUGAAAUAACUUCUUUUACUCUGUCUUGUUUCUUUAAACUGUUAAUUUUAUGCAUUGUUUUUACACGGUUGUUGCUAAGGGCGACAAAUCAAACACUUGUUCAGAAAAAUCUAUUUUUAACAGAUCAUUGUGUAAGUGGCUGUAAAGCAGUAGUGGAGUGCAGAGAAGGACCUCAUAAAUCACAUGUUGUCUUUUUAACGUCUUUCUCUGCCAGUCAAGAUCAGUGGCAGUGGUAAUUCACGCAUGUUUUUAUAUAAUUAGCAAUACCUUGUGCCUUUUCAUACAUUCAAUAAAUUUUGGCUCCUUUGUACUCCCCAAGUUAUGAGAGAAAGUGUGUUUGAUGCUUUUGCGCAUUGAUUAUCCAGUACAAACGUGUGUUUUUGAUCUGUUGCUGGGAUAGAGAUUAGUGAGCAGCAUAUCUACCCAUGACCACUGUGUGUGUAUGUGUGCACGUGCGCGUGUUGAGUUCAUGCAGUUGUUGAGGUGUGUAAUGAUAGUGACAUCAUCACUCCAUGCCUGUUUAAUCAGGCUCCCAAAAUGCACUGUGAUCCCUAACUAGAACCAAGACUUAUAAAUACAGUGGCCACAAAAAAGUGUUUGGACACUUAAACCAGUUUUAAUGUGUGAAUGUCAUUGCAUUAGAGAAUGAAAUAUCAAAUCAGGUGGCUUUUGCAAACAAAUGAUGGUGGAGAUUUUCUCAGAACUAACUUCACUUUCCGUGGCAGUUUUUGAAAAUAUGGCUGAUAAUUUUAUAUAUCAAU